AUGCUCCCGCACCUCGUCGCGGCGAAGGGCCCCGGCCGCACCGCGGAGGGGACGGGAGGGGCCCCCGCCGCUUGUCGCUCCGCGCUUGGGCCACGGGAGCGGACGCCGGCAGGGCGCCAUGGUGAUCAUCUCGGAGCUUCGCGGCGAUCCGGAAGGAGCUCCUGCUGGCCUGUCGCCAGCUGGGCUGCGCGGUGUCCGAGACCCUCGCGUCGCUCGUGGCCGCGACCAUCUUCAACGCGGCCAGCGGCAGCUUCUACGUGGACAGCCCCAUCGAGGAUCGGGACGACACAGAAGCCGAUGCGCGCACGGUGGUCGAGGAUCGGCCGCCAAGAAGGUCCUGUCCAAGGACAGGCCGGGGAUCUCCUGCCUGCGCUUGCAGGCCGCUUACGAGAGCUCAUUCGCGGAGAUCGAGCAGAAGGCGCAGAGGGAGAGAGCCGAUGCCACCGCGACGGAGCAGAAGGCGCUCAAGUGGAUCGCGGGCUUCUCGGCCAAGUUUACGGAGGACUUCGAGACGCUGACGGGCCUCUACAAGAAGAUCUACCAGCUGCUGCUACUGAGGUGCACCAGGCCGUGGGGCGUGGCCAGGCACGAGAAGGACGAGGCGGUGGAGCGCGAGGUGGCGGCAGCGCUGGAGUCGGUCUUCCCGCGCGUGGGCCUGCGCGCCUUCGUGGCCCUGACGGGGAGAAGACGGCCCAGCUGCAGGAGCUGGCCGGGAUCGUGCUGGGCAUCCGCCUCUUCAACCAGCACCAGGGCAAGGGCGGUGCAAAUCUCCCGGCACUGGGCGACACUGUCUCGAAGCUGGGCUCGGAGGACUUGCUGCAGCGCGUGCAGCAGGAGGUGGAGGACGUCACGGAGCUGUGCAGGGCGCACGCGGACGUGGCCAUGGCCUCUGGUGGUCCCGCGAGCGGCAAGGCGGCGAAGCCGCUGGCGGAGAAGCAGCUGGAUCAGCUGGUGAGCAACCUGCUCUACCACAGGCAGUACCUGUGCUACCUCCUGAACCUGCAGGAGGACCUGGCGGCCAGCAUCGAGCGCCUCCAGGCCGACCAGGGCGCGCUGCAGGAGGAGCUGCUGGACCUCGACGCCCUGGUCGGGGGCCGCGUGUCGGUACCGAAGGAGCAGGUGUAUCCCCGCUUCGACGCGCUCGCGCGCUCGUACACCACGGCCUUCCAGGAGGUGAAGGCCCUGGAGGCGCGCUCCAGGCUGCACGAGGUGCUGUCGGAGAUGCGCGAGCAGUACUUCCCGCCCCUGGCCGCGCCCGCGCAGAAGGCGCUGGAGGACCUGAGGGCCGCGCGGCAGGAGGGCGGCCAGGCCCAGGCCAGGGAGGAGGACGGCGAGGAGAGCCCGUGGACCUCGACGCCAUCCCCGGGCCGGGGAUCGAGGGCGAGGAUCGACGACUGCGGUUCGCCUGACGGCGGACAACUGCGCCGACUUCAUGUCGCUGCCGCUCGACUUCCAGGGCUUCUGCGUGCACUCGCUGAUUGUCUACGGCGGGCUGCUGGUGCCCGGCAACCCGGCUCUCGGCGUCGUGAGGUACGCGGGGCGCUACAGCGUGUUCUCCACCGAGAGAGGACUCGCGGAGUUUUGCGCCGACCCAGACCGCUUCUUCGGCGGCGUUCGAGAGGUGUGCUACAGGUACCCCGAGCUGAUCCAUCUGCUCCGCGUGCAUGAGGACUUCCCGAAGUCCUCCCUGACCGCCAUCGUGCAGCAGGCCUCCAGCAGCCAGGCCCCCACCCAGGCAGACGCCUCCACCGAGACGCCCAUGCACUUCGUGGAGUCGAACAUCGACAAAAGCUACGAGUGGAACGAGUGGUCUCUCCGACGCGAGGCACUGCACAUGGCCGACAUCCGCAAAAAGUCGACCUCGACAACGCAGACGGCGCUGAGCCACCUGCGGCGCGAGAACGAGACUCAGGUCUACCUGCCGAAGGACGAGGCCACGAACACCGUGGUGGACAACGGGACGAACCCGCCGAGGUGGAGGAAGUACCACACGGGCAUGCGCGGCGAGCCCAGGCCCAUGAGGGUUGUGGACGUUAAGUUCGACCUCUGAGAUGGGCCGCGCCCGUGCGCGACACGUGCGCGGUGCCGCGCUGGGCGGGGUUCGGCAGUGGCUGGCCUCAGCCCCGGUCCGCCCGCCUGGCCUCAGCCCUGGCCCGCGCGCCGGCUUGGCCGAAGCUUGAUCACACCCCACGUUGGCGGCUUGCUAACGAAGGUUCGCGUCCUGUCGACCAGCGCGCAUAUGCGAUCAGCAUCGGCAGACCUGUCCCCAUCCCUAUUUACUGAUCAUCACCUCCCCUCCUUUAGCCCUUCGCCGCGUCGCUCUGUAAGAGCGAUCGCCGUUGCGCCUGGCCUUGACCGCCACUGCGGUGACUGCUGACAAAAAGCGGGCGGCGCUCCCACGUGUCACGUGCCACCGCUUCUUUGCUUUGCGUGCGCUGUUGACUGUGACUGC